GCUUGGUAGUCUGGUAAAAUAACAAAUGUGAGGCCAAGAGUGAGACAGACUUCAAUAACAAACUGAGCACACACACUCUUUGGACCGUUUCAGGGCCGGUGUGGGCCGUAGGUCGUUAUAUACCGACCUGAUUUCCCCCUCUCGUUCUGCUGUCCUCACAGACCAAAGAAACGGGUCCGUCUGAUCGUCAUCUCACCAGGAUGAGUUUUGUGAAGCAAUCCCUGCUGCUGCUGCUGCUGGCAGCUGUUGGCACCUACACAGUAACAGAAGACUGCGACGGCCUCAACAGAACUCUGUCAGCUACAAACUUUCACAAGGUCCUGGGUGACUGGGUUUUGGUAUUGGCCGUCUCUGACACUGUUGCUUUACAAAUGACAUUCAUCACCAACUCACAUGUGCAGAUUCUUCCCAAAGAUGACAGCAACACCAUCCUAUUUGUCGAGAGGAACAAAUACAUAAGUAAUGUCUGUGCCAACUACAACGUGACUAUGAAGUAUCCCUCUGAAGAGCACAUUGUGGAAGUUAUCAGUACAGUGAUGGAGCAGAACGGCACCGUCGUUCACAUUAAUGACACCGCUAAAGCAGAGUUCUUUGAGACGGAGGAAAACUCUUUGGUGAUGUACUACAGAGGAUUUCUGGGACGGUUCCUGUUCAUUUACAGGAGAGACGGGCACCAUGUGGACUUUCAGGUGACCAAAGAGGCUGAAGCCGAUUAUCACAAGCUGGCCGGCUGUGUCAAUCUUUCUCUUGAUAACAGAGCCAACUACAAAGAAGCUGGAGAUUUCUGCCACAAGAAAUAUUCCCCUGACCGGGCCUGAGUGGAGAUGCCGGAUCACACUGAGAAAACAUCUGUGUCAUAGAUCAAAUAAAAGCAAGCAUUAAACCGUG